GCUCGGCUGCCUAAGCAUGAAGUUGAAACGUGCUGUUUUCAGGUUCCGUUUCAGGGUCUUAGAGGAGGCAGCGAGCGAGAUGGAGACCUCGCCUGCCGCCGCUGGCGGCGGCAGCUGGGACGGCGAGGAUUGCCGCUGCCGCCGGUGCCCUUGGUCUUAACCCCUUGACCCCCGCAGGACUCCUUCCCAGCCACACAAGCGAAGAGGAAUGGGCUGCAGGGAGAGUAAACCGGGCUGCUGUGGAGCCCGAAGGAAGAAAGAAAGAAAAACUCAGUAUAACAGAGGACCAGCUUCCUGUGAAUUGAUAGCACUGAAGAAUGAAGCCAAGACAGAUUAUUUGCACAAUGAAGCAGAAAAAAGGAAGGCUGCACUGCUGGAGAAGCAGAUGGAGGAGACCACAAGGUUCCAGCAACAACAACAGGAAGAGGAAGAUCGUCUGAAGGAAGUUCACCAUGCUCACAGACUUAGCCAGGACAUUCAACUCCAGGUAGAGAAGGAGGAUUUACAGCACAAACAAUUCUCUAAAAAAUAUGAUAUGUUGAAGAGAGAACAGGAGGAAACACUGCAAAACCUCCAGAAAACACAUGAUCAAGAGAAGCUGCUCCUAACCGAAUCCUACCAAAAAACUCAGGCAUCUUUGCAGGAGACCAUUGACAAGCUGACUUCCCAGCUGAAGGCCUUUCAGGAGAAAAUGAAACGGGUAGAAGAGUCAAUUCUGAGCAGAGAUUAUAAAAAGCACAUUCAGGACUAUGGGACCCCCAGCCAGUUCUGGGAGCAAGAACUAGAGAGUCUACAUUUUGUCAUUGAGAUGAAGAAUGAACGCAUCCACAGCUUGGACAAGAAGCUGCUGAACCUGGAAAUAGUGAUGGAGUCAAACUUACUACUUGAAGAGAAAAUUAAAAUUCUACAACAGGAAAACGAAGAUCUCCAAGUACGGAUGCAGAACCACGUGACAGUGACAAGGCAGCUGUCUGAGGAGCUUCUGACCAUUCGUGAGGCCCUGGAGAAGGAGACCCAGCUGAGGGAGCAAGGUCACCGAGAGAAAGAGGAGCUCUUGUACAGGGUGCUUCAUGGAGAUUCAGGCCACUCCUUUUCUAUCUCUACUGAGACUUCACUCAUUGCCACAUAGCACUUUGAGAGGCCAAAGACACUGGCGUGGUAUAAAAACAGAACAGGAGGGAAGGAGACCACAAUGUGACUGUUUCAUCAUUGCAUUCUACUCCAGAGGUGUUCAGAUAUUUUUUUUAAUCCCAUGGACUAAGGUGGCCUUCAAGGGACAUGCCACAGGUCACUCUCCUCUCUGACAAAUGAGGGCCAGACGUGGGAGUAGAGAUAACAUUCACAUUAAAUAAAUUAAAUAAUUCCCUGAUUAUUUAAGAAUUUUCCAAUGUAUUGGUGCAGAGGGGAACAUGCCGAAAGCUGGCAAAAGGGAGGGCCUGGCUCCAGGUUGUACACCUCUGUGCUGGCCCUGGUGUUAUUAUUCUAUGGCCUAAGGACAAUUCUUGUUGGGAUUUUCUCUUAUGCCCUUAUUCUUUGAAAUCCUGAAAAAUGGGAUUUUCCCACUUUACUUUGAAUUUCAGGGCUAGUCAGGGAGUUCACCCUUCAGAUAUUUUGUGGUAUUCAGCAGUCAGACCAGGUAUUUCUCUUCUCCUUCUCCCAAGAAUUAGCAGAAUUAACUACCUCAUAUAAUAGAUCAUGUGAGGGGGUAAAAAAAAAGAGAAAAAGGAGUAGGAGCUGCAAAUAAAUUGCACUUCACACAGUCACAUAUCUGUGAGAUACUAGAUACUAAAUGAAAGGUUUACACUUGAUUUCAACUGAUGGAACUAGAGCUAUACCAAAAUUCUAAAGCAGUUGGCUUUUAAGCCAGUGCUUUGUAAAUUUGAAGAGAUGUGUAACUAAGUUUCUUUCUCCGUUGCAUCUUUCUUCUGCUGUGCCUUUACAUAAUAUUUCUUUUAUCUUGUGCCUAGCUCAUGUGUGACUCAAAAGCUUAAGUCAUCCUUUGCUGUGCUGGGAUUAAAGUAGUACAAUAUUUUCACUUUAUUUCUCAUCUAGUAAAAUCAGGGAGCUAUCUAUAUGAGUAGUGCCUUAAAGCUAGGACAAUUGUAGGAUUAUCACCAUAGUGUUAGGAUAGGAAUUACCAGUGGGACAACAACUUUAUGAUUUUCUACUGAUUUAAGGAUGGGUGGAUACCACUUAACACAGUAGUGGAGAAAGACCUUAAGGAAGAGGUUCUUAAUCUGGGUUGACUGCAUUCUCAGGAAAUGUGAGAUGCAAUUUCAGGGGGUAUAACAAAGAGUGACUUAUGUCCCUUAGUGACAGGUCACAUGUCAUAAUUAUUGUUUUAGAGGGUGCAAAUAUUAACCAAACAUUUCCUGGGGGCAUGGGACAUAAAGGUUUGGCAACCACUGCUUUAAGUAAAGAUUUUGAGGUUUUUCCUGCCACAUGGGGCUGUAUAUCCUUGACCACCUUUCAUAUCACUAAGAAAAUUACUCAGUUAUGUGAGCUUGAUUGUUCUGGGUCCCCCCAUUUUCUCUGUUGUUAGAAUUAUGAUCAGUCACUGACUAUAUUCUCUUAUUAUCUAACUUUCUAUAUCAAAUAACUGGUUCUCACAGAUUUGGAAGACAAUGGAAAAAAGAAUCAUUUUAAUUAAUUUGCCUUCCAGAAUCAAACUCUUUUGUCUUGUUUGACAGAGUCUCUCUUUGCUGGUUCAAAAUUUUGAGAAUGGUAUAUUAGAAUGGUUCUCAAAAAUUGAACAGAGAUCAAAAUUCUUACUGUACUGACUGUUUGUAAAGCUGAUAAAUGACAAUGCCCUCUACUGAUUGUAGGGUGGCGCUACAAGUUACAUUAAAAAAAAGUGAUUGUCAAAUUGGAAGCACUGCUAUAGACAUGUAAUAAUUUAAAUUCAAGGAAAUUGGAUCUUAAAAUGUAUUGUUCUAAUGAAGAGAUUAAAUUGGUGUUUAUUGUGGUUCUAGUGCAAUGUAGACAUUGAAUGAAGUGAAUAAAUAUUGGUACUUAGUAUUGCUAUAUAUUCAAGGAAA